AUGGAAUCCAUGCGGUCACUGAACACCGGCCUGCCGAGCUCCCCGAGGCGGCCACAGCCAUCGGAACAACUCCUUCAAUCCUUUAAAGCUGCUGCUUUGUCAGUCACCCAACUCUACAAGACUGCAGCCCUGGACCAGGACAAGUCAAAGCAAGCUGGAUACCAGGAGGCUUUAGAGGACCUGUUGAAAUUCCUCGAUGACGAGAAUCUCGGCGUCGGUGAUGGCGAGGGAUGGCGAAUUCGACAAUGGGCUACCGAGAGGUACGACGGAAACUCAUCCCUGAGCAGUGAUGAAGAUGUGGAAAUAGAAAAGAGAGAGCACAGCUCGAGCCCACGAGGUGGCCAUAAAGAAGCCUCGCAGAAAGAAACAUCGCAGGCACCGCCUUCGUACCUCUCUCGCCAACCACCCACCUCGAUUCCGGCCACAGCCCCUCGAUCAGAAACAUUGACCCCUGCCGAACAACCCCAAGAGAUCACAGUCCCAACCUCGACUAUGUUCACCUUUUCCGCUGGUCCGACUUUCCCUCAACGACAAGAUCUGGAUAUGGACAUGCAAGGGUCCGAAAACCCACCCUCAGCUACGCAAGACGGUGCACCAGUUAGUGUCUCCUUCACACCCCGUAUUUCUCGUCACAGUCGCGGCCGACAAAACACCCGUGCUUCAUCGCGGGAGUCCCCAGCUGCUCUCGGGUCGAAGCGCAAGUUCAACGUCACAGAUUUUUUUGACUUUUCGGGGACAGAUAAAGGACUAGAUCCGUUCGGAGGUGGCAAACGUGGACGGUUCACUUAG